AUGUCCAAGGCAUCAGUUGAAACAUAUUCUUUAAUUGAACUCCCAUCAAUUUCAACAUCUUUGGAUACAAAUCAUCGACAAAUGCCGAUGAAUAAUGAUGAUCAAAGAACAAAAAUUACUGAAUCAUAUACACCUGAACAUGGUUCACCAAAUCGUAACUCACCUGCUCGUGUUCGUUUUCUUGAACCUGGUUAUGCUAAUAAUACAACACCAAAAAGUCCAAAGUCAAUUAAAAAUGUUCCAUCAUUUGAAAGUUUUGAAGCAUCUUCUAUAGAUAAUAUCAACGAUCUUCAUCAUGAUGGGCCUAAUUCUGUUAGUCGUGGACUUCAAACAGAUAUUAGUAAUGCAUCAGUGAUUGACUGGGUGUUAGGACAAAAAAGUUCAUCGACUGGCGAUAGUGUCUUUCGAAAUGAACAAGCUCAAGAUCUCAGUACAGAAAGAGAUCGUGUGCGUGUUAUUGUUCGGUAUGGAAUUAAAAACUUAAUUAUUGUUUACUUACAUUUAUAUUUAUGUUCUAUAAUUAGUAUUCGACCAGUAAAUAAUCGUGAAAUGGACAAAAAUGAUCGAUCAAUAUUAAAUUGCGAAGGUGAAAAUUCUAUUUUAGUCGAAGGUACACAACAUAGUCGGCGAUUUACAUUCGAUACUGUUUUUGAUGUAUCAUCAACACAAGAAGAAGUAUUUCAUUAUAGUGGUAUCAAGCGUUUAGUUGAUAUGGCUAUCGAAGGAUAUAUUUCAACUUGUUUUGCGUACGGUCAAACUGGUAGUGGCAAAACACAUACAAUGAUCGGUCCCGGAGGAGCUGGCAUUUUUCGUAUGGAUGAAAAUUAUCGUAUAAAAAAUUUUGGUUUAGUUCCACGAGCAAUUAAUUAUUUAUUUCAACGAUUACGAGAAAAAGCUCAAGAAACAAAUACUCCUUAUUUUAUCCGUGUAUCCUAUUGUGAAAUCUAUAAUGAACAAAUUCACGAUUUAAUUAAUCCGUCACAUACAGAAAGUUUACAACUACGUGGUUCAAUUGAAGAUGGAUUUUAUGUUGAAAAUCUUUUUCAAACAUAUAUUGAAACUAUGGAUGAAUUAUUAACAAUACUUGAAGAAGGUGAAUUAAAUCGAGCUAUGGCUUCACAUAAUCUUAAUGAUACCUCAAGUCGUAGUCAUGCAAUGCUUUCAAUUCAAGUUGAGCAAGAUUUACAAGAUACUGAUGAUCCAAAAGAACAAAGGACUCGACAAGGAAAAUUAGUUUUUGUCGAUUUAGCUGGAAGUGAAAAAGUCAAAGUAAGCCUUUCAAAAGGUAAACAACUAACCGAAACCAAUAAUAUCAAUAAAAGUUUACUUACACUUGGUACAUGUAUUUCGGCAUUAAGUGAUCCUGUUAAACGUGCUGGUCAUAUUCCAUAUCGUGAUUCAAAAUUAACACGUCUAUUAGUAGAUAGUUUAGGUGGACAUGGAAUAACUUUAAUGAUUGCAUGUAUAUCUCCUGCAAGUUCAUGCGAAAAUGAAAGUUUAAGUACAUUACGUUAUGCUAAUCGUGCAAAAAAUAUUGAAAAUGCUCCUAUAAUAAAAACAGACUCAAAAGAAAAUGUUAUCAAUCGUUUAAAACGUGAAGUACGAAAAUUAAAAGAUGAAAAUCAUGAAUUAAAACAAAAAUUAGGCAUUCAAGCAAACGCAUUGCCUAAAAUUAAAAAUCGUAGUUCAGAGUCCGGUUCACUUACAUCAAUGCGUUCAUCAGCAAGUAUCGAUCCAUAUGAUUCUCGUCAAGAUAAUCAAGGUCGAUUAAGUGGUACAACAACAAAAAAAAUUCGAACCGAUCAUGAAAUAUUAACACGAGAAAAUGAAAAACUUGUUAGAAAACUUGAUCAAGUUAUGAGAGAACAACAAACACAACCCGGUGAUAAACAUGUUAUUGUUGUUGAAGAAGAUCCUUCAGGGCAAGAAUUAAAUUCAUCGUAUGGUCGUCGAACGAAUAAAAAUUAUUCUCAAGAAACCAAUGGAGAAAUAUCAGAACUUGUACGCCAUCCAUCUUAUGCAUCAAGAUAUCGAUCUACUCGUGAGAGAUAUCCCGAUGAUACUUCACCUCAACGACGUACAGCAACGAUUGUACGACGUGUACCAGAUACAGCUGUAGUAGAAGGUAAAUAUCGACAAAAUUAA